GGUCCUUCCCUGCUGAUCCCACAGCCUUAUACCUAGUCCGCCCGUCAUCUUCAGCAUCCUUUGAUCUUCCUCCUUAUACUAUACUAUAUAUUGUUCACGAUCUGAUUCGCCUCUAUUAAUAUACUUCUACUCAGCCUUUCACCUUUCUCUAUCAUCUUAUUCACGCUUACGCUCUCACAUCAUUUACACUCCAGCCCUUCAUAGUCUCUCUCUUCAUUUCAAUUCAACCUAACACAAUCCUCCAUACCAUACUACCUGGAUAUACGACUACUAUCCAAAUGUCCCCCUCAUCAUGCAAAUCCCAACACACACCAACCACAGCCACCACCACCACAUAUCACCCCCAACAUAACACAACCACAACCACAACCAAAGACACCAACACAACCCUCAGCGCCAACUUCGCCCACCCCGCUAAAUCAUCAUCAUCCCCAUCUCUCCCGAGCCAACCUCAACAACAACAACCUCAUCCUCCCACAACAAUCGACUACGACCACGAAACCUACCUCCAGUUAGUAGCCGACGGGCAUAAGACUCCUAAUCAGGUUUAUCGGGAGGAACGAGCCCGCCAUCGCACCUCCCGGUCCCUGGACCCAGCGAUCAUUUCCGAUCCGCGCGGCGAGCCGAGUUCGAUUGAUUUUGAGUGGGCGGAGGAGAGCCAGCGUCGGAGUCAGAGUCAGACUCAGUGUUAGGGUCAGUUUUAGGGUCUGGGUCAGAACUCAGCGCUCGAGGGAUGUCUCGUCUGUCUGGCUAGUACUUGGUAUUAGGUUGCCUGGUUGUUUGAGGUGCUUUUGUGUGUCUGGUUUGGGGUGUCUUGUUUAGAGUAGAGUAGAGUAGAGGGUUUCUCAUAUCUUUUUACGAUUUGAGAGAGAAAGUGAUAGAACAUCCUACAAAAGAGACGAUAAUUAAGAAGAAUACGAUAUCAUAAUAAGUCGUAUAAUGCAUACCAUUCUGAAGAA